UGCUACUUCAGUUGAAUCAAGCAUUAAACAUGAUGGCGGAUAGUUUCAUGUGAACUUCAAAAUGUGUUUAGAGACUGUUACUGCAUCAUAAUUAAUAUUUGUAGUAGUGAAAAGUGUUUAGUUUAAAAUGACUUCUUUACAAUACGUGGUUCACCCCCUACCUGGGAGCGAGGAACAAUUUAAUGACAGAUUAAAAGAGGUAGCAGAUAGAAUAAACAGAUUAGGACAAAAUAUUCAUCCAGGAUUAUCAAAUUUACGUACUGGCAUUAAACGUAUUUGCUUGGCACCUUCCUAUAUAGCUUUACUAUUAGAUGAUGGCAGAAUAUGUAGAGUAUCUUAUAAUGUACUAUCUGACAGAUUGGAUUUAAGUAAAAAUGAGAAAAAGUCUUGGACGACACGCAGUUCAGGUGGAGCAGGAGCGAAUGGUGGAGGCGGCACAGGAGGUAGUGGAGGUAACAAACCUACAGGAGGAAGGGGUAUUAGAACUAGAGCCAGAAUAAUGAGAUCUAAUACUGCUAUUAGGGGUGGUAGCAAUAGCGGUAGCAGAGGAGCUCCGGUUAUAAUAGGCACUAGUUCAUCUAGCAGUGGUCGCCCAAUGGUAACUGUACCAGCUCCUUAUGUACCAGAAGAGCUAGUUUCACAAGCACAAGUAGUGCUUCAAGGGAAAAGUAGAAACUUGAUAAUAAGAGAACUACAGAGAACUAAUUUAGAUGUAAAUCUCGCUGUUAACAAUCUCCUCUCUCGGGAUGAUGAGGAAGGAGAAGAGGGAGAUGAUGCGACAGAUUCAUAUGUUCCUGAAGAUCUAAUAUCCUUACUCGAUGGUGGUUUUCAUCCAGAUCAUUCUGUUAUUAUUGACGCCGAUGCUAUGUUUUCUGAGGAUAUGUUUGGUUAUUCCGGAAUUAGAAACUUCCUUAAUAGCCGUGGUAGCAGCAGCCGCAAUCGUAUACCAGACAGAGAUGCACCAGCUGCAAAUUCAGCAAAUAAUUCCGACAGAGACAGAGAAACCUUCUCCAGAUGGAGAGACAGGCAAUAUUUUGGACCUAGAAGAUGGCUGGAGUGUGCAUUGAGAGAUAACACAUUUGAUAAGGAUUCUGAUCACAAGAAAAAAGAUAAUGCGUGCCCAUUAUGGAUCUCAGAUGAUUUAGAAUUUUGGCCAGAACCAGCUCCUAAAUUCAUCCAAAUUGCAACACUCUACAGCGAACUGAUUGCACUGUCCUCCAAUGGUCAAAUUUACCAAUGGAAAUGGAAUGAACACGAACCAUACAAACACCCAGAAAAUCCCAACAUCCACCAUCCGAAAACCAUACCAUUGGGUCUAGUUGGAGAAAAAGUAGCACAACUAUCAGGGUGUUCUAUGCGAUGCUCAGUAGCUACGGAAUCUGGUAAAGUGGCAACUUGGUUGGAUGAACUUUUAACACCAGCUGCCAGUAAACUUGAACAUGCUGCACAAGCAUACACUGAAUUUCAAACUGAUAAGAUCUCUGCUUUAUAUACAUGUCCUUUGUACACAGUUGCAAGAUUAGAAAGUGGUAGUUUGUAUUGGUGGGGUGUAUUACCUUUUACUCAAAGAAAACGCCUAUGGGAAAAAUAUAGAGCUAAAUGUAGGAAACAACGACCUUCCAACAACCAAUCUGAUAUAGUUACAGGGUCUCAAGUAUGCAUGAAAAAUUGCCCAAUGUAUCAACCUGGUGCGAUUGGUUUUACAGUAGCCAGUGGCAUACCGAAAGUAGGACAAUUACAAAAUGCAGCUUGGACUUUAAGUGACACCUGCUCUUUUAAAAUUAUGAACGUUGUCUCCAAUGGUACUGAGAAAAGAAGUGACAUUCCUACUGCGAGUUCAUUAGCUAAUUUAGGUAGUAAAACAACAAUAAAUAAAGAAAAUACUGAUAGGCUAGAUAUGCCUCCACCACCAUCUCCAGCUUCUAGUACUUGCAGUGAUACAGGAAGUGUUAACAGUCAUAAACGCCAAAAGAGGACGUUAGUUACCAGUUCUGAACAAGGUGCUGAGCAAAAAAAAGAUGAAGAAGAAUGGCUGUUACGUGAUGUGAUAUUCGUCGAGGACGUGAGAAGCGUACCCACAGGAAGAGUACUGAAAAUAGACGGCGCUUAUGCUGCAGUGCGAUUUCCCACUGUUCAUUCUAAGGACUCUAAGGAUGUCGACGAUAUACUACAGGACUGUAGAUUAAUGAGAAAAGAUGAUUUACAGGUUAUAAAAUCUUCAUCGAAUUCCCGAGUUCCCGAUUGUUUUCAAAGGACGCCUAGGAGAAUUCAAAUACCUGAAAACGGGGGUCAAAUAUUGACAGUAGCUGUUGACGGUCGUGGGAUACAUGCCAUUGUAAGGAAUGGUUCUAAUCUAAGUUAUGUCAUAUAUAACAUCAGCAGCGGUCGCGUUGAACAGGACAAACAAUUUCCUAGUGAAACUGCUGCUUUUAUGGGACUGUAUCCUUCAUACAUUAAUCUUACCUGUGCAGGCGAGAGUUCUGAAUCUAUUUUGAUUUUACGCGACGGGAACAAUACUAUUUACCCAUUGGCUAAAGAUUGUGCAGAUGCAAUUAGAGAUCCACAGUUUUUGGACUUGCCACCUGUUAAAUGUCUAACUGCAGGAACUAUGGCUUUAUCUGGUACUGGAACCAACAUGAAAAACCAAGUGGCUAUAGUUAUUUUUGCUCUCGAACAUCAACUGCUAAUGCCGAAAAUUUUGAGAUGCGACUUGGAGGGGGUGAGACAGGUUUUGGCUCAAUUGGACAGUGAUUUCAAAUCGCACAAUUUGAUAGGCAAAUCAUUUUUAAAUGAAAAGUGUGAUGGAAAUCGUAAUAUCUUCCACGCAGUGGUUAAUUCUUGUACUCCAACUUCUAACAAGGACCCAGAAACAGAACAACCAAAUUUUAUCCACGAAGAACCAAUUCCUGCUCCAAAUUGGCCGCCCGAAUCAUUCGAUGUGGCAUCUGGAGAUGAAGAUAGCUUGAUGAGUUUAGGAAGUAGUGCAGCAAACAAAGGUGGAAGCGGUAAUCAGAACCCUCCAUCUAACAAUUUGGUAAUUGAUCCAUCUGAAAGACGAUCAAACGCUAUGCAAAUCUUACAUGCGCUGUUGUAUGAUUCUUCAGUGCUAGAAUCACAUUUGAUUGAGAUGCUAUGUGCCAAGGAUGCUCAAGGACAAACCCCAUUUAUGUUGGCUGUUUCAUCAAGAAGUUAUCCCGCCGCUUUGGAAUUAUUUGAGAAAAUAAUUAAACUGGGUACUCCUCAAGAGCGCGAAGAGAUGAUCUUUCCAAAAGGAUCCAAUCCUGACCAAUCCCCCUUACACGUUUUAUGCUGUAAUGACACCUGCAGCUUCACCUGGACAGGUGCUGAACACAUUAACCAAGAUAUUUUUGAAUGUAGAACGUGCGGUUUGACAGGCACUUUGUGUUGUUGUACUGAGUGUGCACGUGUUUGUCACAAAGGGCAUGAUUGUAAAUUAAAGAGAACAUCUCCAACAGCUUAUUGUGAUUGUUGGGAAAAAUGUAAAUGUAAAGCUCUAAUUAUGGGAAAUCAGACAGUGAGAUACGACCUUUUGACUAGAUUGGUUAAUGAAACUAAUUUGGUGUGCUUACCCAAUUCUAGAGGUGAAAGCAUCCUCCUAUUUUUGGUUCAAACUGUAGGAAGACAGAACCAAGAACAAAGACAAUUCAGAAAUUCUCGUUCGAGAACAGCAUCUUCAAAUUCACGUAACAAGACUCCAUCUUCAGAUAUUGAAUCGGAUAUGCCUGAACAUGACUUGGAACCCCCUAGAUUCAGUCGUCGAGCCUUAGAAUGUCUAUUAGGUGAUUGGAAAGCCGUAAAAAGUAUGAUAAUGUCCGGUGCAAUCGAAUCUAAAGAAAACCAUUAUGAUGAUCAACCUUAUGUGACUGGACAAACAGGAACUACUUUAUUAGACAAAUUCACUCAUUGUUUCUUUGUGAAAUGUCAGAUGGUAUUGGAUGUUUUACUUGAAACUAUAAUCAAAGAAAUGAAAAAUUCCGACCCCAAAUUAAGGGAAACUGCACAAUUGGUUGCUAGGAGAUUUGUUAGGUCAGUUGUGAGAAUAUUUGUUAUAUUCAGUAUUGAAAUAGCGCCAAACACAACAAAGAGACAACGUUUUGGUAACCAAAAUUUACCUUUGAGUAAAUGCAAACGUGUAUUUCAGUCUUUGUCAAAAUUAUCUAUAGAAGAAUUAUGUGAGACUGCAGAUUCUCUAAUUGCACCUGUACGUUUAGGAGUAGCAAGACCAACUGCCCCAUUUUCUUUAGCGACGUCACCUAGCGACAUUCUAAAUGGUUCAGAAGAAUUAUUCUUGGUUGAUCCCCUAGCUCCAUCAGCAACCACUGGUAGAUCAGUAAGCAACUCACAAUCAUCUGAUAAUUUCCCAUUUUUAGCAGAAGCUGUUAGAAGGGUAGUAGCUAGCAGAAACGAUUUAUUAAAUGAUAUAAACGAUGGCGAAAGUAUGGCAAUUGAUAAUGACGAAGAUAAUGCUUCAGAACAUGAUGAUAUGCCAGCCGUUCGUGAAUUACCCAUUGCAGUACGUCAAGCGUCUUUAAACGAAAAUGAAUCACAAGAAGUUGCUACUGAUCAACAGGAAAGUAGGAUGCAGGGUGAGGAGAGUGAUCCUGAAUUAGAUCUUUUAGCUGAAACUGAAUCUGACAGUGAUGAUAAUCACAGUAACCAAGAUGCUGCUUCUGCCCAACGAUCUGUACAGACUGGAGCUACAGCUGGAUCUGACACAGGUGGUAUGCUACUUUUCCCAGAAGAUGAAAGUGGUGAAUCGUCACAACAGGAGGAAGAAGAAAGUGAAGCUGGAGAAACAGACGAACAAGACACAGAGGAUUAUAGUUUAACUGAAGAACAAUUGGAAAGGCGAAGUAAUGCUGCUGGUCAUGGACAACGCACUAAUUUAGCACCGCAAAAUAUGCAAUGGGCGAUACGGUCACGUGAAGCAGGCAGAUCUCAAGGAGUACGUUUACCAAAUGGUUCCAAUUUGGUAUUUAUUGAUCCUAGCUCUCUUAGAAGAUCUGCCACAGGCAAUACCACAGUUGCGACUAGCUCUGAACCUAUCACUAUGGCAACCACAGCAAGUUGCCUAGCUAGAGCUUUUGGAAUCGUAGUUAGACAAAUAUCAGAUUUAUUAUCAUUAAUACCAGAUAUGAACCAAAUUCUAACAUCUCAAACUGCCAAUAUGGAUGUAACUCAAGAGGACUUAUACAAUUUACAAAUUUACUUAGAAUUUAGACUGAAACCAACGUGGGAUUGGUUAUUAACUGUUAUGGAUGCCACUGAAGCUCAACUCAAAUUUGGAGCUUCUCUAACAAAUUCUUUGGAUUUGACGACUACCGGAAAUCCGUUAAACACAGGAUCAAAUAGCACAGGAGGUGGGCGUCGUAAUAUGCCUGCUACAUCUUUAACUUCUCUAGUAACUUCUAAUUCUUCCAACAACAUUAGAUCUGCGCACAGAGCACAUACGGUAACUGGUAACGCAACAAAUUCCUCUGGUAAUAGAUUAGUUGGUUUUACUACCAAUGUAGAAAGUGGUAGAACUAGAACCGACAGAGAAACUGGAGAUGCUCAUGCGGCAAGAAGAGAAUUCCUUUUGUACUGCCUUUCUCUCAUGAGAGCCCAUAACAACGAGCACUUAGAUUCAUUACCGGUUCUUGAUGUAUCCGCUCUAAAACACGUAGCAUACGUUUUUGAUGCUCUUAUUUAUUACAUGAGAUCUGGAAAUGCAGACAAUGAUCCAGAAUCCCGAAGAGAAGGUUUACCUUUACCCACAUGGAAUGAUCCUGAUGAGACAGAAAAUGAGGAAGCUGAGGAAGAUAUCGCUGUUGCCAUGGAUACGGAAUCUUUAGAUGACCAAGACGUUUCUAAUUUGGCCAAUAUCAGUAAUACACUUAACACAUCUCUUCAAAGUGGAACAGGAAAGGGACGAAAACAUUCAUUUUUCCAGAGAUCAGAAUCAACGCUAUGCUUGGGAUGUCCACCUCCGGAUCCCUUUGAUACCCCAUUAGCUGAAGCACUUCCCUUAGCAGAUCAACCCCACUUGCUUCAACCAAACGCCAGACGAGAAGAACUAUUUGGUAUACCUAAACAACCAGUUACUUUAACUGCUGUUGGUACAAAUUCAGGAAAUCCUUUAGAAAAUCUACCAACGAAAUUAAGUUUAUCUACAAGAACUACAGAGUUUGGUAUGAAUCAACCAGCUAAAGCUAAUCAUCCUAUAUCAGUUAAUUUGAAUGUAAUGGGACCAAACCCAUUGGUGUAUCCUCAGAAUUAUCAACCAGACGAAGACAACAAAUGUAAAGAGAUGCAUGGUUACAGUACCAAUAGUGUAGAUGCUACUACUAGUACGAGCCCAAUAGUAACUAAAUCUAAUGAAGAAAUUGUAAGUGACAAACCUCAAGAUUUAUCUAAAUGCAAAGAAAUGCAAACAUCGGACGUAUAUCCUUCAACUUCAACGGAAAACCCUACACUUUCAAGGCCACAAAUUAUAGUAUCUCCCAGAAAAUCGGACAGUACAAUGUCAUUCACCAGUCAUGAAUCGGCACAAUCAACUAACUCUGUACCAAUGUUAGCAUCUGCUGAUUGUAAUCAAGAUAGUUGUGCUCAAAGUUCAUUAAAUGAUGACGUUACAGAUUCGACGGUGCCGUCUUCUAGAAGUCCUAGUAAAAGUGUUAUUGUCAGAGCUAGAUCUUCAAAUAGUCAAAAAAUAGGCGAAUCUGAUAUAGUUAUGUCUCCAUUGGACAUAUCUCAAUCAGAAACUUUAGAAAACCAAGAAAUUUCCGCAAACGUUACAGUGGUAACAACACCAGUAAAUAAUGAAAUUCCUCGCCCCACUUUUGGACAAACAGUAUCUCAUGAUUUACUCUUGGGUAGAUGGAGACUUUCUCUAGAUCUUUUUGGAAGAGUGUUCAUGGAAGACGUGGGAUUAGAACCUGGCUCCAUAGUAUCAGAAUUAGGCGGAUUCCCAGUUAAAGAAGCCAAAUUUAGAAGAGACAUGGAAAAGUUACGAAAUAAUCAACAAAGAGACCUGACUUUGUCAAAAGUCGAAAGAGAUAGAACACAAUUACUUAUUCAGACUUUUAAAGAAUUAAAUACACAGUUUAAUAGCUACAACCGUCGAACUUGUUCUUCCUCACCCCCCUUAGCCGUAAAUCGUGUUAAAGUUACUUUUAAAGAUGAACCAGGUGAGGGCAGCGGCGUAGCUAGAAGUUUUUAUACCGCCAUAGCAGAAGCCAUUCUAUUAAACGAAAAUUUACCUAAUUUAGAAUCAGCACAAGUCGAUAAUAAAUAUCAAUACAGCGUUUUACAGCGACUCAGAAGAGAUAGAGAUGUUUUGAGAAGAUCUGUACCACCCAGAAAUUGGAGUAAAUCAAGAGACCACCAUCGACGUACGAUGAGUGCAGAAGCUAGACCUUUUGUUCCAAUGGACAACGUACACCAAUCUGACGCUCCUUCAAUGCCAGACAUUUCUACAGCAGCAAAUAACCAACAAUCUCCUUCUAAUGCAAAUCAACCUGCUCCGCCAAACAGAAACGAACAUUUGACCACUCAACAGCAACAUUUAGGUGAAAGGUUGUAUCCCAAAGUGUACAAUUUGCAUCCUACUUUUGCUAGUAGAAUUACUGGAAUGCUUCUAGAGUUAUCCCCAGCGCAGCUUUUACUAUUACUAGCAUCUGACGAGUCUCUUCGCAGUAAAGUAGAAGAAGCAGUUGAAAUGAUAUUAGCUCAUACACAUUCCCAGUCAGAGAUAUCAUCUGAAGCCAUUUUAGAAGAAACACUACAAGAUGAAGAAGAUGUAGCCCCGCUUUUCUAUUGUCCAGGAAAAAGAGGAUUCUAUGCACCUCGACAAGGAAAAGCUACUUUCGAAAGACUUAACGCUUUUAGAAAUGUUGGAAGAUUGUUGGGAUUGUGCCUGUUACAAAAUGAAUUGUGCCCAAUAUUCCUUACUAGGCCUGUAUUGAAAUCAAUUUUAGGACGACCGAUAAAAUUCCACGACCUGGCAUUUUUUGAUUCGUUAGUUUACGAAUCUUUGAGGCAGCUAGUAGUUGGUGCUGAAACUAAAGAUAGCAAAAGCUUAUUUUCAGCAUUAGAACUCAACUUUACAAUUGAUUUAUUCCCCGAAGAAGGAGGAGGUACAGUAGAAUUGGUCCCAGGGGGAAAAGAUUUAGAAGUAACAUCUAGCAAUGUAUAUGAUUACGUUAGGAAAUAUGCUUAUUAUAGGAUGAUAAAAGUUCAGGAAAAAGCAAUAGAGCAUAUAAAAAUCGGUGUGUUUGACGUCCUUCCGGAAGGUUCUUUGGACGGUUUGACAGCUGAAGACUUGAGACUACUUUUGAACGGAGUCGGAGAUAUAAAUGUCGCCGUUUUGAUCUCAUAUACGUCAUUUAAUGAUGAAUCUGGAGAAAGCAGCGACAGACUUGUCAAAUUUAAAAGAUGGUUAUGGUCUAUAGUUGAAAAAAUGACUCACAUCGAAAGGCAAGACUUGGUGUACUUUUGGACGGGCUCCCCAGCUCUACCAGCAAGCGAAGAUGGUUUCCAGCCAAUGCCUUCAGUGACUAUCCGCCCGGCAGAUGACGCUCACUUACCAACAGCUAACACCUGCAUAUCGCGAUUGUACAUCCCACUUUAUAGCAGCAGAACAGUUUUGAGACAGAAACUUCUACUAGCGAUCAAAACGAAGAAUUUUGGAUUUGUGUAAUCAAAACAAAUUGACUGUUUUCACAUUUCAUAGGAAGAUUGAAGAAAUAAGAAUGCAUUUCGAUUCGUCAAGAACAGCAGAAUUCGUUGGAAACGUGAUUAAACUUUUUUCUUUUUACUUCAGAAUGUAUUUAUUUUAAGAAUUGUAUAUAGAUCAAAUAUUUGUGGCACAAUGUGUAGGUUGUUUUCUUUUUUAAAUUAGAAGUAAAUGUUGGUAACUUAAUGCAUUUAUUUUUUAAAUGGCCCUUUUUGCAAUUCUUAGUCAAAUUAUAAAAUUGUUAAAAGUGCAAUUGAAUCCUAAAUGGCAUAAUUUACAUUAAAAAUUCGACAAAAACACAAAUGAU